UUUUUUUAGUGGCUUGCGGUGUACGCGGUGUAUUGUCUUUAAAAGGAGAAAGAAAGAGAAGAGACCAAACUCAAACAGCGAGUAGUGAGUUAGAAGUAGAAACAAAACAACUUGAUUGUGAAAUGUCGGAUUUGCUCCAAUCGCUAUCGAUGCGUGCGGUCUUUGGCAACAAAGCUUUGCCAUCGGCGUCAAGCGGUGCCCAAGCACAGGGUUCUGGCACCACCAAGGAUCGCAAGAUGCCUUUGGCAGAGCCACUUGUCCUCAAGCUUAGUGACACUGAUCUUCGUGAAGAUGCGCUUCUUGAACUCUCAAAGAAGAGGGAGCUGUUUCAAGAUCUUGCACCAUUGUUGUGGAAUUCUUUUGGUACCAUUGCUGCACUUUUGCAGGAAAUAGUUUCAAUAUACCCUGUUCUUUCACCACCAAAUCUUACUCCUGCACAAUCAAAUCGAGUGUGCAAUGCUCUUGCUCUUCUUCAGUGUGUAGCAUCUCACCCUGAUACAAGGAUGCUUUUCCUCAAUGCUCAUAUACCUCUAUAUCUGUAUCCAUUCCUCAAUACAACAAGCAAGUCAAGACCAUUUGAGUACUUGAGGCUUACCAGUCUUGGUGUCAUUGGUGCAUUGGUGAAGGUGGAUGAUACAGAAGUUAUAAGUUUCCUUCUUUCAACAGAGAUAAUUCCUCUGUGCUUGCGCACCAUGGAAAUGGGCAGUGAACUAUCCAAAACAGUUGCAACAUUCAUUGUUCAAAAAAUUCUGUUGGAUGAUGUGGGCUUGGACUAUAUUUGUACUACAGCUGAGCGAUUUUUUGCGGUAGGUCGAGUUUUGGGGAAUAUGGUGGCAGCCCUUGCUGAGCAACCCUCAUCUCGACUGUUGAAGCAUAUCAUUCGAUGCUAUCUUCGCCUGUCAGAUAAUCCAAGAGCUUGUGAUGCAUUAAGAAGCUGUCUGCCUGACAUGUUAAGAGAUGCUACUUUCAGCAGUUGCCUUCGUGAAGACCCCACAACUAGGAGGUGGCUACAACAAUUGCUUCACAAUGUUGGAGUGAAUCGGGUUCCUGCACUACAAGGUGGAGGAGGUUUCGAUCAUAUGAUUGUGAGCUGAGUAUAAACUAUAGAUCUUGGUUCAUUGUUGCUAACAUCUCUCUGGGUCCCGGUUAUAUCCAUAUUUUAUGAAGCUUGGUUGUUCAGAGGAAAAGGUUGUAUGUAGUUGUUGGUGCAUGGAAACCAAGUUAAAUGACCUUUUUUAAUUUUAUUUUUAUAUUUUAAUAAUUUGUAUGUAUCCAAAAGAUGGUUCUUCAUAACCCUUGAGCCGUUGUGCGGUUAACCUUAGAUUAAGACAUGGGUUUUACUCCUUAAUGGAGUAGGUACAUUAUAGUAUCAAAUAUUUCAACUAGUUAUAGGCAUUCUGGAAAGUGGGUUUUACUCCUUAAUGGUGGAGGUACAUUAUAGUAUCAAAUAUUUCUACUAGUUAUAGGCAUUCCGGAAAGUUGGCUUUUUAUAAGCGUGAUCCAUGUUUUUGUUUGGUUUUUUUUUAUUGGUAUUAAAAAGUUUAGGUGAGAUGUUAACAUACAAUUUUUGGUAUUAAAGUGUUUAGGUGAGAUGUUUACAUUCUGCA